GAAGCUAAUAGCAAAAAACUGUCUGCCCCACUCAGUGUGUCCCUGAGGGCUCCUGGGUGCACAGGUAAUUUACAUGAAGAUGCCAUAUCUUCAACACCAUCUUCAACAUCUUCAACCCUGCAGAGGGUCAUUAGGCAUUGGAGGGGGCUGCCCAGAGAGAUUUGGAGUUCCCCUUACUGGAGGUGUUCAAGGAAUGACUGGAUGUGGCACUCAGUGCUCUGGGUGACAAGGUGGGGAUUUGGUCACAGGUUAGACUCAAUGGUCUUGGAGGUUUUUUCCAACCUCAGUGAUUCUGGAAUUCUGCCCAGCUCACAGAGGUGCCACUGCAGACACUGUUUGCAGAGAACUUGGAGAUGCUGGUUCCUACCACCUCCGAUGCAAGAAAAUUUCCGAAAAGGAUUGGGGGUUUUCUCUAAAUGCUUAGUGUUCAGAAUUCAAUAGAAUACUUUGUUCUGAUGAGAGCUAACCCAGGACACCAUAAGCUGCAAUUUGCUGGUACAAGCAUCUGGUAUCUGCUUGGGGCUGUCAGUGGGUUUAGUUCCCUUUGCUAUUUUGUGGUGAAAGCUUUGAUGAGAAAGCGAAAUGAGAGGACUCUUAUAAAUUGCAAAAUGUGUCUCUUUUGGGUGAUUGUGUGCUGUGAGAAGAGGGCAGGAUCUCUCAAGAGACUGCAGCACUGGGUAUGUACACUUGCACAUUAUAUAUAACCAUUUCUACUCACCAGAGAAUCAAAAGGAGAAAAUGGUUUGAGAAAGGCUGAGUGGGUGCCUCAGCUGUUUUACUUUUCCCCUGUAUGCCGGUAAAUGGUCAAGCUCUCCCUGAGCACUGUUUGUUUAACAACUAAAAAGAAAGCAUUUCAUGACACUCCAAAGAGUAAAUAUCUGAAGUUAUGGAUUAACUAAGUUCCAGCAGAGCUCAUGGAGGAAGAACAGAUCACACUGAUUCCCACUGAAUAAAGCAGUGACUCCUGCUGCAGGAUGUGGAAGCUCCUCACUGUGGGGCUGCUGCUGGCUGCCUGCUCUUCCUGGGGCUGCUGCACCUCAAUAUUUUACAGCAGUAAAGAUGCAAACCAAGUCCUGAGAAUCCAGAAGAGGUCAAACACUUUCCUGGAGGAGCUCAAGGCAGGCUCUGUGGAGCGUGAGUGUGUUGAAGAGCGCUGUGACUUUGAGGAGGCCAGUGAGAUAUUUGAAACCAAGGAAGAAACACUAAAUUUUUGGAGCAAGUAUGUAGAUGGAGAUCAGUGUAAACCAAAUCCGUGUUCCAAUGGGACCUGCAAGGACAGUAUUGGAAAAUUUUCCUGCAUCUGUAACAAAGGCUGGGAGGGGGUUUUGUGCAGUUAUGAGGUCAAAUACAGCAACUGUUCCAUGGACAAUGGGGGCUGUGAACAUUUCUGCAGGGAGGACCCUGCUGAGCAGCAUCGCUUGUGCAGCUGUGCAUCGGGGUAUCAGCUCAAGGAUGACCACACCACGUGUGAGCCUGUAGUGGAGUUCCCCUGUGGAAGAGUGAAGUCAGACUACAUUGAAGCCAAAGCAGACUUCAAUAUUCGGCUCAUUGAUGGAACAGUUGGAAGAAGGGGAGGCAGCCCUUGGCAGAUUAUGCUGCAAAAUACCGAAGGGAUGUUUCUGUGUGGGGCUGUUCUCAUCCAUCCAUCUUGGGUCCUAACAGCAGCACACUGCCUUGAGGAACACAAGGGGUUCAAAGUUAAACUUGGUAAAUUCCGUUUCCGUCCUGAGGCAGAUGAGCAAACCAUUUGGGUUGAUAAAUGGGUGACCCACGAAAAUUACACCAAGACAACCUCAGAUAAUGACAUAGCCAUGCUGCACUUGGCUGAGCACGUGAUGUAUUACAAAUACGCCCUCCCCAUCUGCCUUCCCACCCGCAACCUGGCGGAGCAGGAGCUGAUGAGGAGCGGGAAGCAGGCGGUGGUGACGGGCUGGGGCACCGCGAGCGAGCGUAACCACACCUACGCCGCUUUCCUCAGGUACAUCCAGAUCCCCAUCGUGCCCCGCAACGAGUGCGCCCAGGCCAUGCGCUCCCAGAUCUCUGACAACAUGCUGUGUGCUGGGAGCCUGGGGGACAGGAAGGACUCCUGCCGUGGGGACAGCGGCGGCCCCAUGUUCACUAGAUACAAGGAUACUUGGUUUCUGGUAGGGCUGGUCAGCUGGGGUGAAGGCUGUGGAAGAAAGGGGAAAUUUGGAGUCUACACCAAAGUUAGUCAGUACCUUGAGUGGAUCCAGCACCACAUAGAUCAGUCAGCUCCUUUGAAGGGUUAAUUCUGAUCCAGAGUCUGGAAUGUUGUGACUCUGUGCUAGUGACAGUAUACACUAUAAUGUACUGUCAGAUCUUCAGUAUUAAAUAUUGAGUAUGUGUU